AAAUCACCAAGAUUCAUCAUAUCAGCGUGUGAUCAAGACACAACAAACGGAAAGAGAAAACAAAAUAUCAAAAUCGCUCACUUUUGGAUAUAGUCCUAUGUGAGGAGGAGGUUUUUAUUUAUUUUUUUUUGUCAUUCUAAAUGACAUACCAAAACCUCAUGAAGACUAUUUAUUGAAAUUAAAUUCGAAAAUAGUAAAUGUGGUGUAUGUGUGUACGAUCUCUCGAUCCGGGCCAUAUAGAUUCCGACACACGAUUUUAAUUCAAAAGUAUAUACAACAAUUCAUUGUUGAAGAUUUUGAACGUAGAAAGAGACAGAGAGAGAGCGAGAGAAAGAGUGGGGAGAGAGAGAGGGAGAAUUGAUCGUGUUAUGCUUAAAUGCUAUAAAAACGUAUACAAUCAGAAGCAAAGCACACGGAAAAGAACAAACAAAUGAAGAAAGAAAAAGAAGUAGAAUAAUAAUAACAACAACAGCAACUCGAACAGCGCGAGAACAACAAGAGUAACAUUCGCAACAGCAAACAACGACGACGGCGACGGCGGCAGCACCAGCAGCAGCAUCAUCACAAUAAAAUCGUAAGCAGGCACCAGUAACAACAGAAAAAAUACACGAACAAAACAGCAACCGCUUCAGCAACAAAUCAGUAUGAAACUGAUAACCAAAUGGUUAUGGUUGAAGACGUGAAGCGCUGUCCGAUCUUCGCACAUCCCGUAAUUUCUUUAUUUUGCAUCAAUAAUACGUACACUUUCGCCUAGCUUUCAGAUACUUUGCACCAUAAAUGCGAUCGAAUUGAAAAUUGGAAGCGAAUUUUCGAAAUAAAAUAUCGACCGACACAAACAAUUGAUCGAUCUUAAGAUAUAAGCUAAAAGAAAAACCGUAUUAAAGCUUCAAGAAGAUUCGGUUUCUUGUGCCAAACGAAUCAAAAAUAAAAACAAAACACGGUGUGGUGAACAUUCAGUGGCAGUGCAUAAAAUGGAUUUUUAUUCAUUGAAUUAUUCUUAAGCUUCUAUUGAUUUGUGAUACCCAAGUGCCGAUUUUAUAGAUUGAUGUCAAACGAUAUGAACGGACGACGAUUGAAUUGAACUGAAUCGAAUUCGAGUUUUUUUUCCCAGUGUGUAUGCGUGUGUUACGUGUAAGAAAUUCGGUUCAUUAUUCAUUUUCGAAUAAUUUUCUGUCUGUGAAAUUGAUUGAAAACCGCAACGAAACCAAUAGUUAAGAAGAAGGGCAACCACGUCCGAAUGUUCCAAUUAUUUUCUACUUCGUUUUUUUUCGCUUGAAAAAGGUUGUGAAGCAAAUAUCGUGCAAUUAAAAAUAAACCAUUUGCAUGGCGAGAACGCAUUGACUGAAUGAUGAUAGAUUAACUGAAUGACUAAAAUGCAUGCUGUUGAAAAUCCCAUGGCAACCAUCGAUUAACUGAGAAAAAGAGAUAAACGAAUUGAUCGCUUAAAGUCACAAAAACUAAAUCCAAAAACCAUCGAAUAACGGAUAACGAAACAACAACACCCUUCUAUAAUCCUUCUACCCCAUAUUUCUUCUUCUGCAUUUCAUUUUCUUCUGUCCGCAUUUCUUGGGGCUGUUUUCUCUAUUACGUUGCUGCUGUUGUUGUUGUUCUUUCGGUGAGAAAAAGAAAGCUCGUCAAAAUGUCGUUAAAAAACUACAUAUUCUCUAGCAUAAACACUAAGGGUGCCCAAGAUAGUGAUAAAUUUGCUACGAUCCGAUUGAAAUCGUUGAGGGUGAAAAAAAUGGCAGUCAAAGGUGAUGAGGAUGGUGCCACACCAAGUCGCACCACCGAACAAUCGGUUGUCGAACAGCCAACCGCAGUCAAAACAACCGCCGCCUCAAAUGCCAAUGGAACACAAACGGCCAACAAAAAUGAAGAGUUCAAAUGCUCUUGGUUCUUUUCCGGCAAAGGUCUAUUGAAAAUUCUAUCAUACAUUACGGUCGAACCACUGAUGCUGUGCUGGCUUCUGCCCUCUUGUUUCCUCUUCAUAGCUGUCGAAAAUUUAGCUUUAGAAAAGUCGUGCCGUGUUAAUUUCAACUAUAGUGAUGUUGUCUGCGAUAAUAUGAUAGAUAAAACGAUCAAUAAUAUCAACUGUGUUACUGUUCGUGAAAAGUUGAAAGAAUCAUCACACCAAGCCAUUCAUCUGUAUAGUGAUCGAUCGCAAGUAUUAGAUGACUACACUUGGAAAAAUGGUACACCGAUUUUGCCACCGAAUUCCAAUGCAACCAUAAAAUUCGACAUCACCGAAUUAGAGCAGCUGGUUUGUCAAGCUGAAGUUGACAGCCAAAAAUUGGAUACAAAGCUGAAUUUGAUCACAGCACCGUUUGACUCGGUAUUUGGCAUCAUUAUGAUUCUUUUUGCUGGAGGCUGGUCAGACAAACGGGGAAAACGAAAACCUUGCAUGUUGAUACCGUUAUUGGGCGAAUUGGCGGCAUUAAUUGUUUACUUGAUUGCUGCGGUGUUUUUCAAGCAAUUGCCGUUGGAGUUCAGUGCAAUUCUAGGAAAAUUGUUGCCGGCAAUAACAGGUGGUGCGAAUCUUAUGUUGAUGGGUGUGUACAGUUACCUUAGUGAAACAACCGCUGAAGAAGAUCGUACACUGCGUUUCGGAAUAUUUGCACAAGUCGUUCCACUGAUUCCGAUUGCAUCCAUUCCAUGGUCUGGCAUUCUGUUCCAAAAAUUGGGCUAUAUUUUAUUGCUGUUGAUUUGCAUUCCAAUCAAUCUAUUGGGCGUGUUCUACAUCCUAUUCGUGAUGAAAGAAGUGAAACGCGAAAAAAAGGAAGAGAUCGAAUUGACACCGGGUGUUGAUAACCUGGCAUUCGAUAAUGCUGAGCGUAAUAUACAUGUGCGUGAAACACAAAAUGCAAAUGGACACCGUGAAAUAACGUUGUCAGUGUCGGAACCGAAGAAAAAAACAAAUUGUUUGCUCGACUUCUUCAAUCCCGUGGUGGCUGUUGAGUGUAUCAAGGUGUUGAUGCGAAAACGCGUCAAUCGUGGUCGUGCCACUGUGAUUCUAUUGUUCGUUAUGUAUUUCAUUGCCAUUGGACCAGCAUUUGGUGAGGAGCCCAAUGAAUAUAAUUUCACUCGUAUCGCCUUGAACUGGGACGGAAUUACCUAUUCGACGUAUGCAACUUAUGGAAAUGCCACAUCUCUGGUUGGAACCAUUAUUAUGGUUGUUUUGUUGAGCAAAUUGCUCAAAUUCUCCGAUCCAUUAUUGGGCGUUAUUGGCACUUCACUGUCGUGCGUUUCUCGCAUUUGCUAUACAUUCGCCGAAACACUUGUAAUGAUGUACUUCGCUCGAACACUCGAUGCGUUUAUCAGUAUCCGAGCAUUGGUUAUCAAGAGUAUCUUGUCCAAAUUUGUUGAUGCCGAUGAGCUGGGCCGCUCAUUUUCAAUUAUUGCAAUUAUCGAAGCCAUCGGUAAAUUUGUGUUCGUGUCAUUGUACAGUGUUGUUUACGAAAGCACAUUAGAAAAUUGGCCAGCAGCAUUUUAUUUCGUCAGUUUUAUAUUCCUCGUUAUCACCGCUAUAUUAUUUGCAGUAUUGUACUUCAUAAUGAAACGUAAAGACAAGUUUGACAAUGCACAAAAGGCACGAACAGAAGCAGCUUCGAAACAAGCAGAUCUCGGCGAAACAACACACAUGUAAUAAUAUUCAGCAGUGCCAGUUCAGAUUUUAUGCUAUUUCUACUGUUACGCCUUCUUUCUCACCCUUCCUUCCUACCUUUUUUUUUCUCUCCUUCGUCAAAGAAUUUUAUAACUUCUUCUUUUUCUUCGUUUUUGUUUUUGUGUCUCUCUUCGUGUUAUUUGUAAAUGUUAAAUUAAUUUAGUGAUUUAAAACAAAUUUUAUUUUGUGUUUACAAUCAAAUUUAUCAAAUAAAAACAAACAAGAAAA